AUGGCCGUUGAGGCAUGUGAUGCACAAAAGUUGAUGGAUGAUAUUGGUGAUGAUGAUUUACCAUUAAGUUUCAAAAGGAGUAGCUCUUCCAGAAAGCAAGGCCAAUCAACCUUGGAAGCUAAGAAAUCGGAAACUUACGAACCUGAUAGACAACCAGCACAGGUAGGAUCACAGAAUGGUCAAAGUGCCAUGGAGAAGAGUAAGGUGGCUCCUUCCUCCAAGUCACCACCUGUUAAAUCUUCUGAGGUAUUGAAACCUUCUACGUCGGCUAUGGAUGAGUCAAAUUCACGCCAGAUUAAAGAUGAGAAGCCAUCAACUGAAACCAAUGAGGACUCGGAGGACUCUGAUGAUGAUAAAACACUUACUGCUAGAGUUUCUGCUAACUUGUCAAAGGUCAACUCUAGCCAUGCCAAAAAAGUUCUUCAUGCUUCAAGUUCUAGUCAACAGCUUAAGAUCCCCAAGCCUGAAGAUUCAGAUGAUGAAAUGCCGCUGUCUUCUAGGUUUCAAGUUAAGUCUAAUGCUGGGAUAUCCAUGCGCAGAUCUUCCAAUGCUGGUGAGGGAAAACCUUCAAUGUCAAAAUAUGAACAAAAUGGAUCAGCCUCAAUAGAAAGAAAAUCUUUAGGUAAUCUGAAGAAGAGACCUGGAGAUGCAGGAAAAGCUGCAAAUGAAUCUCAUCUAAAGAAACCUAAGUUUUCUGGCACAUCUACACCUAAGAGUAGAGAAACGCCUGUUAAAGCUGAAACGAGGGAAGAAGAUGAUGAGGAUCAUGUCCCAAUAUCACAUCGAAUGAAGAAGCCGAAUUCCGCAAACAAGAAAACAUCAUCUGUGAAGAAGAUGACUAAACCCUUGGCUAAAAUAUCAAAGAAGACGAAUAAGAAACAAAAUAACUCUACGAAGAACUCUAAGUUCUCCAAGUCAUUCACGGUUCCUCCAGGCUCUGGUGGAGGCCAGAAGUGGACUACCUUGGUUCACAAUGGUGUGAUCUUUCCACCACCAUACAAGCCUCAUGGGGUUAAGAUGCUCUACAAAGGAAAGCCUGUUGACCUGACCCCAGAACAAGAAGAGGUGGCAACAAUGUAUGCGGUGACGCUUGAUACUGAUUACAUGAAUAAACCUCAGUUCAAAGAGAACUUCAUGGCCGACUGGCGGAAGAUACUUGGGAAGAACCAUGUUAUUAAGAGCUUGGAACAUUGUGAUUUCACUCCGAUAUACGAAUGGCAUCAGAAAGAAAAGGAUAAGAAGAAACAAAUGACUAGUGAGGAGAAGAAAGCUUUAAGAGAGGAGAAACAGAAGCAAGAGGAUAAGUACACGUGGGCCAUUGUUGAUGGCAUGAAAGAGAAGGUGGGUAACUUCAGGGUUGAACCACCUGGGUUGUUUCGAGGCCGUGGCGACCAUCCAAAGAUUGGGAAGCUGAAAAAACGAAUUCUUCCUAGUGAUAUCACUAUAAAUAUCGGAAAGGAUGCACCAAUUCCUGAGUGUCCUAUCCCUGGUGAAAGUUGGAAAGAAAUCAGGCAUGACAAUAUGGUUACAUGGUUGGCAUAUUGGAAUGAUCCCAUCAAUCCGAAAGAAUCCAAAUAUGUAUUCUUGGCACCAAGCAGUAAAUUGAAAGGACAGAGUGAUAGAGAGAAAUAUGAGAAAGCUAGGCGCUUAAAGGAUUAUAUUCACGGUAUCCGAGCAACUUAUACCAAGAACUUCACGAGUAAAGAUUCGGCUCAGAGGCAAAUAGCUGUUGCAACCUAUCUUAUUGACAAGCUAGCUCUUAGGGCUGGAAAUGAGAAGGAUGAUGAUGAAGCUAGUACGGUUGGUUGCUGCACAUUAAAGGUUGAACAUGUUGAACCAGUGCCUCCAAAUAUCUUAAAGUUUGAUUUCCUGGGUAAAGAUUCUAUAAGGUAUGAUAAGGAAGUGGAGGUCGAGACUCCCGUGUUUAAGGCAAUCCAGCAGUUUAGAAGUGGGAAAAAGGGCAGUGAUGAUAUAUUUGACAGCCUUGAUACAAGUAAACUAAAUGCUCAUCUAAAGGAACUAAUGCCUGGUCUUACCGCCAAAGUCUUCCGUACGUAUAAUGCAUCCAUUACAUUGGAUGACCUGUUGAGUAAGAUGACAAAAGGUGGAGAUGUUGCCCAGAAAGCUGCUGUUUAUCAGGAUGCAAACAAAGAGGUUGCAAUCAUUUGUAAUCAUCAACGUGCGGAAACAAAGAACCACGCUCCCCAGAUGUUAAAACUGAAAGAAAAGAGAGACGAAGCCAAGGCUGUUUUGAAGGAACUUCAGACAGAUCUGUCUAGGGCUAAGAAAGGGAAGCCUCCGAUGAAGAGCGCUGAUAGUAAAACAAAGAGGAAUUUGAAUCCUGAGGCGUUAGAGAGGAAGAUAGCUCAGUGCAAGGUCAAGAUUGGAAAAAUGGAAGUAGACAUGAAGGUGAAAGAGGAUAUGAAGACCGUGGCAUUGGGUACGUCGAAGAUUAACUACAACGAUCCGAGGAUCACUGUUGCAUGGUGCAAGCGCCAUGAAGUCCCUAUUGAAAAGAUUUUCACCAAGUCUCUUCUCGCAAAGUUUGUUUGGGCAAUGGAUGUCGAUCCUGAUUUCAGAUUCUGA